AUGGCAGCAGUCAACGCAACACGCAAGUGUCCCAACGAUUGUGACUGUGAUGACAGGGAAGGACGCUAUCGUACGGUCUGCAACAAAGUGGAAUGGAUCAUUCCGCCACUGUCCCAUUUUGAUCCGGACGUCGAGAUACUCGUAAUCUCAAACACGCGCCAUCCAAUCAACGUGGGACCACAGUUUCAGUUUUUCAAAAAGCUCGAAAUCUUACGCAUCAUUCACGCCAACAUACCCUCGGUGGGCGAUCGUUCCUUCUGGGGCUUGGUACGGCUCAAGUUGAUUGACAUUUCGCACAACAACAUCACCCAGCUAGCGAUGGAGAACUUUCGCGGGCAGGACAAUCUGAUCGAGCUCGAUCUCUCCCGCAAUCGGUUAGAUAACAUCGCUAGUGGCACGUUUGGUCAUUUGAAGGAACUCAAAAAACUUCAUCUGAUAGAUAAUUCCAUUACCGAGUUUAAUCAGCGGUUGUUCCUGCAUCUGGCUAAGCUCAAGUACCUGGACCUAAGCCACAACUCCAUCGACGAUCUGCCACCGGAAGUGUUCAAAGAUGUACAGGAUUUAAAAACACUCAAAGUACGAGGAUGUCGCCUGUCCAACAUUAAUCCACAGAUUUACAACAUUCUUUCCCACUUGACAGAACUUGACUUGGGUCAAAAUCAGAUAAAAUUUCUUGACCGGGAAGAGUUUAAGGACUUGGUGCAUCUGGAAAAGCUACGCCUCGACGGCAACCAGCUUUCAGUGAUCGUCGAUGAACUGUUCAUUUCCCAAAGGGGUUUGAAAUAUCUCGAUAUUUCCCGUAACCGGUUGGCCAAAAUCGCAGACCGAGCAUUCGAAAACCUGACCAGCCUUAUACAUCUGGACGCUUCGUACAACAAGCUGUCCCACAUUGAGCCGGCCUGUUUCCGCCCGCUCCGGAACCUGCAGACGCUUAACAUUAGUGGGAAUUUGCAGCUGGAUUUGAGCGAAAUGGAGGACACGAUACAGGUCAUAAAGAACAUCACCGGGCUGAUGGUGUCCGAUAUGGGCGCGUUGCCACCGAACCUCUUCACUCCAUUCCUACGUCUGGAAACUCUCAAUCUGUCUGGCAAUCAUAUCGAUAACAUCACGCUACAAAUCAUCGAACCAUUGCACCAGUUGAAGUUCUUGGAUCUGUCCCGGAAUCAGCUAAACGGCAUCCCAGAACGCUACGCAACCCAGCUCGCUAAGAUCACCGACGUCAAGCUGGAAAACAACCCCUUGAUAUGCGACUGGUGUCAUAUGGGACCGCUCAUCACACAAUCGAAUAAGCUAAAGCCCCCACGUCUUCCCUGGCAGGAAGUUCCACGUUGCUUUCUACCUGAACGGCUUCGCGAGGUGCGCAUCGACGGGCUGCACCAGGACGGUGUCGAGGACUGCAUGGAGGUGAUAGUAGACGAGGAUCAUGAUGCUGCCAGCACGUCGCACAACUUUCUCGAGCAAGCGGGCAGCGUUAGCAUACUGGCAGCCUGUGGGCUGAUAAUAUUCAUCAUACUUGCCAUCAUCGUCGUGUCCACGGCACUCUGUCUCUCGAGGCAUCGGGCGCGCUAUUAUACGCACGAGGAUAAACGAGACACAAUACUCGAGAAAAAUGCCGAAACGCCCAUCAUCACGACCGGCAGCGAGAUCAACUUCAAGUUCCCGUACAACGAGCGUGUCUGCACGAUCGACGAAAUGUGCAUCCCACCGCCACCACCACCGCCCGGCAAGCUGGCCCCGGCCAGCAUCGAACGGUUUGAUUAACGAACGGAACCAGCGGUCCGUAUCGGGGCGGAUGGGCUUCUUCCAUCCACCACCACACCCGAUUCGGUCGCCGAAACCGUUGCCCUGAUCGAGCUAACGGGCAGCCAUCCCGGUUCGAAGGACUCGCUACUGUCCGCAACCGAUGGGCACAGUACGCGAACCGUCACCAUUAGCAGCAUAUCGCAGUGUGCCGACAUACAGCCGGAUGUACCGCCGACGAGCAGCGGUCCCGCUGCGAAACCCUUCACACCGAAGAGCAUCCUUCGAAAGCGUACCGACACGGGGCU